AUGGCUUUAUGGCUUUCUGUUGCCCUGGUCCUCGCUGCGCACGGCUUGGAGUCCACUGAGUCCACCUCCCUGCUACAGCACAAGAUUGUUCUUCAAGGCCCAAGCGAGGCCGAGCCGUUGACGUGGAUCCACUUCCCCAAAUGCGGCGGCUCGUUCAUCAAUGCGAUCGUGCACCUGCCAGGGUUUUGCCCGAGUUUGGCGAAUGUCACCCUGGGCGGCGACUGCUUUGAGGAAACUUUCUGGCCCCGCUGCCAGAACGUCUGCAACCAGCACAAGUUCUCGUGCAGUGUAAGCCAGCACGAGAUAGUUGGCAACUACACAGCAAAGCGUGGUCGCAUGGUGGGUUUUUUUCGAGAUCCUGAUCAGCGAAUACUUUCAGCUUAUCACUUUCAGGCCGACACCCUGCAGCUUCAUCCGUGUGGGGUUCAUAGGAUCCCGCCACCAAAGCCGCGAACUCUUCAGGAAACGGCGGAGAGCGUUGGAGGCGGCAUGACAUACCAGCUGGUGUCAGAAUACCAAUUCGCACCCUCGAUGCAACCCAACUUCACAAGUCUUACCCGCGAGGAUGCAGCGGUCGCAGCGCAGAGAGUCCAAGAGGGGUUUGCUUUUGUUGGUAUCACGGAGAUGUGGGACUUGUCCAUCUGCUUGUUUCACAAGAUGUUUGGUGGACCAUGCUUGGCUUCUGACUUUGACGAUUCAAACCCCAGUUCUGCCGGCAAAACUGCGCAUGCAGAUUACAACACAUCGGAUCUCAUGGGCUGGCAUGAUGACAUCGAUGAAGUUGUGUACGCAUCUGCCCUGGAUGUGUUCCAUAAAAAUUUGAUCCUGUACAAAGUCUCUCAUUCAACGUGUAGGGAGUGCUACAGACAAGCCGGAAGAGUCAACCCGAGGGUUGCAUGA